UUAAAGGCAAGAGUUAAUUUGUUUAUUUUGCCUUGUGCCUCUCAUCAGGUCUGUUCAUGGGUGACCGGGGAACAAGCAAUCACUCGGAAAUGACUGACUUCAUUCUUGUAGGCUUUAGGGUCCGCCCUGAACUCUGUAUUUUCAUUUUCCUACUAUUUUUGCUCAUAUAUGCCAUGAUCAUUUUAGGGAAUUUAUCUUUCUGUGCUUCUCGAGCCAUUGACCACUUUUACUGUGAUACUCGUCCACUACAGAGAUUAUCUUGUUCUGACCUUUUAAUCCAUAAAGUGGUAUCUUUUUCCUUAUCCAGCAUCAUUAUCUUGCCUACUAUCAUAGUCAUUAUUGUUUCAUACAUGUACAUUGUGUCCACAGUCCUAAAUAUACACUCUACCAAGGGACGUAAGAAAGCCUUCUCCACUUGUAGCUCUCACCUGGGAGUCGUGAGUGUGCUGUAUGGCGCUGGCUUUUUCAUGUAUCUCACCCCAAACAGAUUUCCUGAACUCAGUAAAGUGGCCUCCUUAUGUUACUCCCUAGUCACACCUAUGCUGAACCCUUUGAUCUAUUCUCUGAGAAACAAGGAUGUCAAAGAGGCUCUAAAAAACCUUCUAGAGAAGAAACAUACUAUUCAUUAA